UCCCACUCAGCCUACACUUGUUCGCGUUAAGCUAGGUUGCACCACUGCACUGUCUCCCCUCCAACUACAAUUUGACAGUUUCUCAGGUGCGGUGUUACGCUACAGGAGCUGUUCCACUUUCUCUUGAGUUUCAGCGCGCAUUUCGCUGUGAGCCUGGGGUUGCUUAACUCAAAAACCAUUUACCAGAAGCCCUCACACCACGGCACCAUGAGCAAAAAGAAAAAGGAGUGGAGAGCGGAGAAAGAACGCUUACUCGGUCUUGGUCUUGAGGAUAGACGCAAAGAUUAUCGAGGAAACUAUGUGCCAUUGGACGCGAUCUCCACCUGGGCAAAUCAUGACAGUAACACAGCUGCUGAGGAAGAAGAACAGAAGUCUUUCUCCUUGGCUGACAAAGUGUCUCUGUACAAAGGUGACAUCACCACCCUAGAGGUGGAUGCCAUAGUGAAUGCUGGUGAGUUUGCCGUUUCUGAUCAAUUGCAGUUUUAAAAUUUCAUUACUCUAAGCAAUGCAAUUGGUGCACAAGUGUGACACUGAGAGUUUCAUUCUGUGACUUUGCAUUCGUUGAGCUUGCCUGACCUCUUGUGUCUGUAAGUGGAACAGGCAUGACUACGUUUUUUUUUCCCUUUGUUUGUACUUAUGCAUUUUACAUCUGUUCAAGUCUGUGCAGUGUGUUUUCUCCUCGCAGUGCAUUUUGCUGUUUACUUUUAUGUUUUGAUGUACUUUCACAGGAAAGAUGCUUUUCCUUUUCAGGAUGAAACAGGAUACCAGAGAACAAACUUGUAAAACUAACUUUUUUUUUACAUGGUCAGAUGUUUGUAUGUGUCUCUCUGGCUUGUUUUCAUGUUACAGUGAUCUAAAAUCUUAUUCCUAUUUAUUACCUCUUUAGUGUGGGGGCUGUUUGAAAUCUGUUCCGAGAGGAAAGGAGUUGUUAUAUAGUAGAUGUUCUGGCGGAAAUAAGCAUGUGUUAACUGCGUUCCGCUGUGGUGAGAGAGCAGACAGAUAAUACUGUCAUGGUUUACCUCAAAUCAUGGAAACCUGGCAAUAAAGAUAGAAAAUUGUGCUUACUUAAGCAUUUAGUGUGUGUUGUGUGGGAGAUUUUCAUUGAUUAGACAUGUUCUUGAUUCAAGAUGUUUAUCGUAGUUCCAUUCAUUGAGAGGAAUAGUUUAACAUUUCCGCCCACAAAGAAUGAUUGCGGUUCAUAUCUAAAACUGCUGUCUGUUUGACAAGAGCAUCCGUGAAAUGUGAUUUUUGCCGGACCGUUGAAUCUCUAAAAACAAAUGGAAACUCUUAACAGCUGUGUUGUGCUCUGCUUACAACAUGUACAAAAAUGUGUUUGUGAAUGAUUGAGGUUUUUUGUUUAUCUCAACGUAGUUCAGGCAUUAUGCAGUCUAAUUGAAGUAACGAUGCCUAGCAGCUUUGGGACAUUUAGACGAAUCUAAACCUUCUGUUGAGUUUACUGCUGUUCUGUGAGCCGUGAACCUCGCAAACUAGUAGAUUCAUUAUCACUGGAGCUUGUCUGAGUUUCACAUUUCCGUUAUGUGUAUUUACUCUCACAUACUAGGUUAUUACUACAGUUUCCUUAGUGGGAUGUAGGACCGCAGGCUAAUAUAGCGAUGUCAUUUAAUGCAUCAUUCUUUAUUGUAAGUAGAUAUAUAUUCAUACAUACAUUGUGUAUACGUAUACAUAUAAAAACUGACCUGUUGGAACAGUAUUUUUAAUGUUAAAAACUUCACUGCAUAAUGUCAAUAUCACUGUGCAUCAUCUCAGGAAGCUAUAGGGUACCUCAAGAAUUCAGGUGAUUUCAAACAGGCGAAAGAGUGUUUUUCCUUCUUUGAAUUGUAAAGUUUUUGUUUACAAGACAACUUGCCCUUUCAAAGUUUCUGCAGGGUUGCUGUGAGGUCAGUCAGCAUUGAAAACAGGAAAUAAGAGAACAGGCCGUACGGUGCUCUGUUCUAAUCUCGGUGUCUGAUGCAAUCAUACUGAUAUGAAACUGCAGCAGUAAGCAAAAUGAAUAAAAAUGAAUCACAUGUUCAAUAGCACUGUGGUUCAGCUUCUCUCAGUGCUUAUUUCAACAAGUUUGUUAGUGCAUUCUUCACAUCAGUGGCUGCAUAAAAAUAAUGUGAAACCAUUCUGUUGGGUUUGUGGCAUUGAAUUAGGAAAGUCAUUGGUUUAAAGGCUUCAGAGUAUGAGGGAGACGACUUAUCAUGCAGACGGGCGGCUGUUCAUCCAUCAGAGGCCAGCGGCUCAGGCCAGGAAAGUAAUCGCAUUAUUGCAACAGUGCUUGGAAUGAUUUUUAAAGCCCCAUUUGCUCCACUGUCUUUAAGUUUAGGUUCCUGGAAUGAUGUUUCUAUCUCUAAACUAUAAUAUGGUGAUAAGAACAAUCGGAAAGCAUCUCUGUGAUUGUGGGGAACUGUCGUUUUGUUUCCAGUAGUCCUGCUGAAAAUGCAAACAGCAUUGUACUCUUAGGAAAAAGAAAACCGUUGCCAAUGUAAAGUGUGCCAUGAUUUUUGUGCUGUAAAACCUGUUCUAGAUUUAUUAAUUUUUUUUUUUGUAUAUCUAUUUUCACUUAGAAAGAUGUCCUGUUACAAUGUAAAAUGGCUUGUAAACACUUUCACUCUAAUCCAUCCAACUAUCUUUUACAUUGGACCAGAAAAGUGGGAUCUGGCAUGAAUUGAGUUGCUUGCGUGGCAGACGCCCUUCUUCGUUUUGUCUCCACUGUAAAUCUCACUAUGUUCUUCUCUUUUAAACGCUAGUUGUUUUCUUAACAGUACUCUUUGUAAAGGUACUUGUUUUGGGUAAUGAAUUGGGACCAUUUGCGACAAUUAAAAUUGAUUCUACAUAUUCUGGAUGUGUGUAAUAUAAAUGCAGUCUGGAUGUACUAAAUUGGCCAUGUUGUUAUUGUCAUGUGACCUACCAGCAGCAGUUGUGUCACGUGUAAUGCCUUUCCUGUGGCCUCAUGGGAUAGUGAAGGAUACUUCAGAAUCUUGCUGGAAGUAGAAGGUCAUUUGGAUAUGAAUACUGUGAAUUUGGACAUGCUACUCUUCUCACAUACUACCUUUGCUACGUUAUAGUAGGGACGUAUGCAAUUUGAAUGCAGCCAUUCUUUAGAAGAAUCAAGUGGAUGAAGGAAUGACUCUAUCUUAUGAAGGGAAAUCUAUCGGGCGGUUGUACUGAUUACCAAUUUCUUCCUUGAGGAGGAGAGUUGCAUCAUCUAAUAGAUUUGUUUCUUUUUGAACCUCUUAUACGUAAGAAGAAAGACACCCACCCUCCCCCAAAAAACUCCCAGCUGACUCAGACUCCGCUUUCCCCCGCAUUUAGUCUGACUCUUGUUUUUUUUUUUUUUUUUUCUUCUCCUCAGUGUGUUGUAUUUUAGGUAAUCACAGUUAUUUUCCUGCACUUAGAAAUCCAGCGAACCUCGAUGAGCCUAAUUUCCGUUGUCCUCACACAUAUAACAGCCUUCUGUCUGUCUCCUGGCCAACCUAACGUCCUAAAAAUCCAAGGAAGGAGUGAAAUUGAGUGAUAAUCGUGGAUAUUCUUUUAAUCAUGCAGAGAAGUUGAUGCUAGAGCGCCCCUGCCAUCAUAAACUUUUUUUUUUCUUAUCCGACUAUAAUAGUUUUACCUCCUCUGUGGUGCUUUUAUUACGAGUUGCGCAGAGGAAUAUUACUGUAAUAAAGAAACCUCUUGAGGCUUCUGCUAAAAAAAGGCCUUUUUCAGAUCAUGUAAUGUUAUUAUACUCCAUAACUUGAGUUUGAGGACUUUAUUGCUGACAAAAAGUGAGAAGGAUUAAUUUAUUUGCUGUAAAUGUUCUCUGUAUUAGAAGGGUGUGACUGCUGUCAUGCGCGCAUAUAUAAUUUAUUUUUAUUUUAUUUUUUUAUAUAUAGUGCUCUUUUUCUUUUAUUAACCAGAAAAGCAUGGAAAAAGGUCAAUAAAAUCACCAUACAUUUUUUUUUAAAUCAUACAACAGUUUUAAAGAGAUGGUUCACCCAAAAAUGAAAAUGUUAUGUUUAUCUGCUUACCUUCAGGGCAUCCAAGAUGUAGGUGACUUUCUUCAGUAGAACACAAACAGAGUUUAAGUCCGUUGCAGUCUGUCACUCUUAUAAAGCAAGUGAAUGGGAAUCAAGGCUAAAACAUAAAAAAAAAAAAAAAAAAAAACACUUUACACAAACC